AUGGACGCGAACAGUACGCGUGUUGAGCGGCUUCGCCGCGUUAACCGCUAUAAGGCGGUGCAGGCCGAGCUUGCUCUGCAGCGAGAGGAAGAGGAGUUCCAUGCCAUCCGUGAGAAGAAGCAAAACGCUGCUGCGCGCGACGAGGCACUUGCAAAGGAGUUGGCAGAGCAGCAGCGCCUUGAUUUGAAGGAUGAAAAAAUGCUGCAGCUCGUCCGUACCUUUCCUGAGCUUCGGCAUUUGGAGGCGCAGCUGAAACACGCCUCCAUGAAGCGAGGGCGGGCGGAUCAGGUGGAGGAGAUACGCCUCCUGCGGGGAAAGCAGCUACAGGAGGAGAAAGAAUACAUCGCCUACCUGAAUGAGCAAGACAAGUUGGCGAGGGCCAAGGAGGAUGAACGGCGCAAGCAAGAAAUUGAGGCCUUCCAGCGACACCAGACGGCACAGCUGAGCCUCAUUGAGGAACGCAAGGCACUCGCCGAACGCGAGGUGGAGGAGCGGCGGAAGGAGCGGAUAGCUGUUGACGCAGUGGUUGCACGUGUGCAGGAGAAAGACUUCCUCGACUCAUUGGAGCGACGUGAGAAGCAGCGGCAGCUGCAGGAGGAGCAGGAUGAAUUCUACCGACAGCGAGCGGUGAUCAAGGAAGCGCAGCGGCAGCGCGAUCUGGAGGAGACUGCGGCAAUCAAUGCUUACAUCGCCGAGCAAAGCCGACGGAAGGAAGCCGACGCGAAGCUGCUGCGCGAGAAGGAGGCUAUCAAGGCACGCAUCCUCGAAGAGCAGAGUAAGAAAAUCGCAGAGGAACAGUUUAAGCGGGAGGAGCUGGAGAGCUUGCUUAAUGACUACUACGAGGCGGAGCGUGUGGCGAAGGAGCGCAAGGCAAUAAAGGACGAGAAAGAGACGCGGGCAAAGUUUGCUGAGUCGGUGAAGCAGGAGAACUGGAAACUGAUUCAGGAUCGCCUGAAGGCAAAGGAGCAGGAGCGAGCAGAGGAGAUGAAGCUGCGCCAGGUGAUGAUGGAGGAGCUUGCGCAGAAAGCCAAAAUGGAGCGGCUCACACGACAACGCCAAAUGGAGCUCAAACGGGAGCACGCGGUGGAGGUGGAGAAGAUACUUGAAGCGCGCAGGGAGCUUAAGCGUGAGGAGGAGCGACAGGCUGUACUUAUAGAGGAGCGCGAAAGGAAACGGGAGGAAGAACUGCAGGAGUACAUUCGUCGUGCACGCGCGCAGCUUCUCGCUGAGUACGUACCGCAGUUAGGCGAAUUUGUACCAGCGCACGCUCUUACCCUGAAUGAAAAGAAAGAAUUCGGCAUAAUCAAAUAG